UGCAAUGAAGCACUUGGUAUGGAAAGUAAAGCCAUCCAUGAUUCAAAAAUAACCGCAUCGUCACAUUUCGAUUCAAGAUAUCUUCCAUCUUUUGCUAGACUGAAUGAGAUCCGUGGUCUUGGUGGAUGGGCAGCUAAAUCUAAUACUAUAGGACAGUGGAUACAAGUUGACUUGAGCAAAGUAACCAUCAUUACAGCCAUUGCGACACAAGGCGGUCAAAGUGAUUCCUGCUGGGUUAAAACGUACAGUGUGCAGUACAGCGACGAUGGAACUAGCUUCAAAGACUAUGAAGGGGGAAAGACUUUACCUGGAAAUUCGGAUGAAACAACGGUUGUGAAAAAUAACCUUGAUCCUGCUAUAACUGCCAGGUAUAUCAGACUUCUUCCAAAGACAUACCAUAACCACAUGAUACUUAGAAUGGAACUUUAUGGAUGCCAAAUAUAAAUUCACAGUACUUUGAAUGGCCAAAUCCAUCCACUAGUUCUUACAUGUAAUCUGCAAUUCACAAUGCACCAUUAAAAAAAACAAGCUCCAGUACAGGCAAGGACAAUUUAAAGUUUGCAUUUUCUAUUAUUUGUGAUAUCAGUAAGAUAGACAAAAUGACAAAAUUUCACUUGAAAGGUAUCAACAUUACCCGCAGAUCCUUUAUUUUUCCAAAAUCGCUUUCAGUCAAAAUUCAUCUUUAAAAGUUAUUUUUUAACUUUGCAAUGAUUUGAAGCAGAUAAUCCAGAAUGUCAAAAUACGCAAUAUACCAAAAAUUAUUUUAGUUAAAAACACAUUUAGAAAAUACAAUAUUUUGUCAGAAUCGUAAAGUUGAUAGAUCUGGAAAAUCAUUCCAGAAAAGUACUGCUUAUGUUAACGCUUCAUGUACUCAUGAAUCCCGGUUUUUAGAGACAAAUAAAAAUAUGAUUAUUAAUAUCUAUCCUCAUAUCUUAACAUGUCCCAAAAAUAAAAUCUGACAAAAUCACCGGUCAAUAUCUUUAAAAUAUGAGUCCAAAAAGUUAUUAUUACUUCGAACAUAUUGUAAAAUUUGGAAUAUAUUUAUCUGUGGAAAAAAUUGAUUGACAUCUUGUUUUGAUUUGCUUGUAAAAAUUAUACUUAAUAUUCGAAACUAUAUGAAAAAAACUACCAGAGAAACAAAUCGUCAAAAAUAGAUUUUAUCAGAAAAUAUUUGAAAAAGUACGCAUUUUAAAAAUUGAGAAAAAAUGGCGUAUUCGUGACAGGAAAAUAUAAAGGGACGUGGCAAUUCGGAAAAAUGAUGAAAAUUGUACGUGCCAAUUUGAAUCGUCAAAAUUGUGAAAAAAUGAAUAAAGACUUCUAAAUUUUUCCAAAAUAUUUAACCUUAGAAUGUUCUCACGUGUCCUCAAGUGUACUGGAGACUGGUAAAACAGAUUAUAAUAUCGGUUAAUAAAAUAAUACUAUCCUUCUUGUCAAUGAAUGGGUUUAUUC